AUGACUCAAGACGAAAGUUUACAUCAGAUACCUUCAGAGCAUAAAACAGAAAUAAACAUUUUAACUUUAGUAGAAGCAGAAGUCAAAGAAGAUAAAGAUUCUUCAUCAGAAAAAACUCUUGCAGAGACGGCACCUACAGAUGAUGCCAAAAAUGGCAUACCAAAUUAUGAAAUGAACCAAACUAUAGUUGCCACAGCUAUACCAGCCAUAGCAUUAGAAUUUAAAUCACUUGAUGAAGUCGCGUGGAUUGGAACGGCUUAUUUACUUGCUGCG